CUUCCUCCCGUUGCCCGCGGCCCCGCGAAGCGAUGUGCACAAGGUGCGCCGCUGCCUUCUCCGCCCUCGCGUAAGGGCGCGGGCUAGCAGCGGCUAGGCUGGGCAGUGGCUGACUCGCCCCGUGGGCAGGUCCCGCACCGGCGGGUGCAGGGCAAGGGGGCCGGGAAGAGCGGGAAGCCUUUCCCUCCCCGCCGCCCCUCCUCUCUCCUGCUGCGGGGGGGUGCGCGGUGCUGCCUUUCCGCUUGCUGUCGAGCUCCGCGGAGCGGCCCCGGCCAUGGGGCUGGGCGCCGCCGGGCUCCUCGGCUGCUGCUGCUGCUGCUGCUGCCUCCUGCCCCUCGUCCUCCCCGCAGCCCCAGGUGUGAACUGUAAAACUGGCUGCCACCCCGAGAAUGGAUUUUGUGCAUUUCCCAAUGAAUGCAGGUGUCAGCCUGGUUGGCAGGGUGCUCUUUGUGAUCAGUGUGUUCCGUUCCCUGGGUGUUUGCACGGCAGCUGUGCCAAGCCCUGGCAGUGCAUCUGUGAGGAGGGCUGGGUUGGCAGCCUCUGUGACAUAGAUAUUCACCCAUGUUCUGCAAAGCCCUGCACCAGUAACUCAACGUGCAUAGAAACUGGUGAUGGAGGAUAUAUCUGCCUGUGUGCCCAGGGAUUUACAGGAAAAAACUGCCAUCUCAGAAAAGGACCCUGCAUUAUUAAUGGCUCUCCCUGUCAGAAUGGAGGGACAUGCACUGACGACCGUGGUUUUGCACCCCAUGCUUCCUGUCUGUGCCCUUCUGGUUUUGCUGGCAACUUCUGCGAAAUAGAUAGAGAUGACUGUGAACCAAAUCCAUGUGAAAAUGGAGGAACAUGUACCAAUGUUGAUGUUGGUUUCAGCUGUUCUUGUCGCCAUGGCUACACAGGAAAGACCUGCAGCAACCGUAUCAUGUUCUGUGCAAGCGACCCAUGUGAGAACGGAGGGACAUGCAGCGAACACCCCCAAGGAGGAUUUGAAUGCAUCUGUAAACCAGAAUUCAUUGGCCUGACUUGCAAAUAUCCCAGCAAAAACACAAGUUUUUCUGGAGUGAAUAUGGAGACAAAGCAUAUGCAGAAUUACAAGCCACCCUUAAAAGCUCAUCAUAGAUCAGUGCAUCAACAACAAGAAAUCCUGAAAAUAACAAUGAAAGAAACAAUCCAAAACGCAGAUCCCUGGCUGAGCAGAAGUCAGGUGGUUUGUUUUGUCGUGCUGGGUUUGCUUACAUGCCUUGUUGUCUUGGGUACAACUGGGAUUGUGUUUUUUCCAAAGUGUGAAAUGUGGCUUGCCAAUGCCAAAUACAGCCAUCUCCUGCGCAAGAAAAAGAACUUCUUUCUGAAGUCUAACAAUGGGGAAAACCUCUCAGUUAAUAUUAUCUUCCCAGAGAAGAUCAAAUUGACUAAUUACACUAAGAACUACACUGCCAUCUAGGCCCUUGAAAGCCAAGCAGCAGCUGGCAACUUUUCAUAGCAAUGUGUAAAAUAGAUUGAAUUUACUACCUGUGAUUGGUUUUGGUGUUUGUGGGUACACUUCUUGUAGCUUGUGAUGAGUGCUAAUGAAAAAAAUACAAUGUAUCCCUGUUGCUGAGGACUUUUUUUAUUCCCCAAAAUGAAAGAAAAAAAAAAAAAAAAAAAAAGGGACUGCUAAUUUGUUUUCUUUUCAAGGCAGCUAUUUUUUGUAAAACUAAAGGUAAUUUACCAGUGGAACUCUCUUGCAGCUAUUUUGUGUUGUUCCUAACUUAUUUGGUGAAUAUGGUACCUGUGAAUUACCCAGUGAUGCUUUUGUUUAAUAAACAGCAGUUAAGGGCUA